CCGGUGCGGAAGUAACUUUGUGGGGAGAAGGUCAGUCCUUUUUAAGUGGAUUUUGACAGCGGAUGAAUUAAAUCAAGUCUGGAGUCUAAAGCGUACACUUCAUCACCAUCAGCGUGAAAGGCACUAUAAACUUGAUAAUGUCAGGGACCAAAUGCACGCGACUGACCGGGACGCUCAUCAAACAAGUGCUGGACUCUGUAGACAGCGUGUUGUUUGAUUGUGACGGUGUGAUCUGGAGAGGAGACCAGGCUAUUCCCGGAGCGCCAGAAGUCAUAAACCUCCUCAAGAAAAAUGGCAAGAAAGUCUUUUUCGUCACCAAUAACAGCAGUAAAACACGGAAGCUGUAUGCGGACAAAAUGUCCCUGUUGGGUUUCAACGUGACUGAGGAGGACGUAUUUGGAACCGCGUAUUGCUGUGCCAUGUACCUCAGGACGGUAUGCAAGUUACAGGGUAAAGUGUACCUCGUAGGCAGCAAUGCUAUGAAGCAGGAGCUGGAAGCAUUUGGGAUCCAGCAGACUGGGGUCGGACCCGACCCUAUCACCGGGAAAAAUGCAGACUGGGCCAACGUUCCGUUGGACCCCGAGGUGAAGGCGGUGGUAGUCGGCUUUGAUGAGCAUUUCAGCUACAUGAAGCUGAACCGGGCCAUGCAAUAUCUGAACCAGGGUUGUCUAUUUGUGGGGACCAACAGGGACACCAGGCUGCCCCUUGAAGGGGGCAAGGCUGUUCCAGGUACUGGAUGUCUACUGCAAGCAGUGGAGGCAGCUGCCCAGCGCCAGGCCCAGACUGUGGGCAAACCAAACCAGUUCAUGUUUGACUGCGUUGCCUCUCAGUUUGGUGUUGAGAAGGGGCGCUGCCUGAUGGUUGGGGACCGCCUGGACACAGACAUCCUUCUAGGCUCCAACUGUGGUCUGAAGACCUUGCUCACCCUUACCGGGGUCAGCACUGUGGCAGAGGCACAGGAGCAUCUGAAGAGCGGCUGCACAGACAGGCAGGGCAUGGUCCCUGAUUACUACGUGGAGAGCAUUGCAGACCUCCUGCCUGCUUUAAGGGAAUAAAACCUAGAGUGGAAACAAAGAUAAACACAAGUAAACUAGUCACUGACAAAAAGUGUCAGGAGACAAGACUGUACAAAAUCCCAUUUUAAAUUAAUUGUUGGCAGUACUCCCAAAACUAGAAUUUUAACAGUUAAUUCCAGUAUUAUGAAAACAGUUCAAUUUAAUUUAGUUAUAUUUGGCCAAAGAGAUUAUAGUUGAUGGCGAAAAGCCAUUAACCCUUCUUUUUAUGAUGCAAUAUUCUGAAGCAACUCAAAGUCAAACUGAAGGAGGAAAUGAAUUCACAGUUUGCAACAGAGCUACAAAAACAAAUGGACUUAACAGCUGAGCUAAAGGAACUGGACUUGAAUACAUGAGCUGUCUUUAUGUGUGUGUCAUAUUCAUUUAUGAUGGUUUUCUACUGCUCAAGUUCUUUUAAAGUUAUAUUAUGUAAAUGUGCAGAUCUAUACUCAACACAGGAAUUAAAAGUUCUUAACUGUU